CUUGUGACCUUGGAGGGUACUCCCGGUUUCGUUUGCCUACUGAUCGUUAAGAUAAUAUUUCUCCUUAAUUUAUAUGUUUGGCUUCCAACACUGUUUAUCAUCAUGGUCCAUCAACUGACGUGUUAUUUAUUACUUCCAAAGAGGCAGAAGAUCCAUUGGAAUAACCUUAUUUCUUACUAGACCCUAGUUACAUUGCAGUAAAAAUUUCAAGUGACCUGUUCUUUUCAAUCAAAUCUAGGCACAAUCUGCGUGACUAUAUCUUGCCAAAGUAGUUUUCAGGGUUAAUAUUAUCUGACUUUCUUCCUAAAAAGUUCGGAUCUCUAAUUCUCCUUAUUUCACGAUUGAUGGAUGUUAUGUGCUUCACGAAUUCUCCCUACCAGAUGAAGUAAACGGAAAUCCGACGUCCGUUGUUUACAUAUCUGGAAAUUAUAAAUCAGAUACUUCCUGAAAAUAUGGCCAAUGAAAUCUCUGGAGCACAGUCAUUAGACGAUUAUCACGUGUCUUUCGAUUCAUUUCAUUCAGGUGAAACUCCCAAAACAGCAUCUGACGCCACAAAGUUUUUUCUUAUUGAUGCAAAUGAAGUUCUAAAUACUCCAACUGCAAUAUCUAAGACUUCAAGUUCAGGGGGAUUGUUUUUUGCCGAUGAUUUUCACAAACGUCUACCUGUCCUCAACUCACUUCCAAAUGACCACCAUUCUUCAGUAGCAGUAGAAUGCGAACAUCCUAAUGCAACCGAUAAUACUGAGAAAACUGGUGUUCCACAUGCAAAUCCUGAGAUUUUACAAACAGAAAACUUGUUUAUACCCCAAUUUGGAUUAAAUCAGCAAUCAGAAGUUAACACAUCAGCUGGGUCGUCUGUGUUAUAUUUAAACCAUCUUUCUCCUGACAGUACUACAGCAAAAAUUGAUUCUGUGCCUGUUUCAUUGAAAUUGGAAUCAGGUGAUAAUACUGCAGCGUCUUUCCAAUCAGUUAUUACUAAAGCUGAUAAUAAUGCUACAGUUGGACUGAAUGAUUUGCCACUCUUAACUAGUGCAUUAUCAAAUCUUGAAAACACGUGCAUCACUGUUGAUCAGACGGCUGUUUCACAGUCGAAUUACCUGACAAAUAGAUCUACUACUACAACCGCCAGUCUACCGACGAUAUCUAGCGCUGUUAUCCUUAGUAAUGUUGGCCUUACACAAAAUCCUUGUUUGUCUGUUUCAGCAGACACUAAUCCUGUUUCCGGAAUAGCUUUUUCAGCUAGGAAUCAGCCUCCUUACAUACCAGCCCCACUUGUUCUUGGAAACGGGCUAACACUAACCACAUUGUUGACUGCUGAGAACAGCAGUGGUCUUCUAACACCUACAACUCCCAACACUGCUUUCUUGCCACUUCUUGCAUCCCCUGGUCCCGGAGGUUUUUAUACACCUGGAGUGUUAACUGGUCUAGCUAAUCCGACAGGUACGUUUUCAUUUCUAUCCCCCGUUCCUAACCUAUUGGCAAGUGGUAAUGCGGAAGCAGCUAAUAUUUCCAUCGGUGGGAGUUUCGCACAGACUUCUGUUACAGCGGAUACUAUAGUCAAGCAAGAACAUAUGUGCUUCACUGACACAGUAACAGUUGAUGAUGGUUUAAUCAAUACAACACAUAAAUCCGUUAUAAAUAAUCCUCCUGAAUGUGCACCUGAUACAACGGUUGUCACUGAAGAUGACGUUGGUGAUAAUGAGUAUUUAUCUAAAUCCACGCUGAAAGGUGCUGGUAUCUCAAGGAGGCGCAAAUCGACAACUCGUAAUAAGAGUCGAAUAGUUAGAGGAGAAUAUGGAGUUCAUUCUGAAAUAGAAAUUCAGGCAGGAAUAACAUCUAGUAUACCUGAAAGAAUAUCAGAAAAGCCUCACAAAUGCACUUCAUGUAACAAAUGCUUCUCACGAUCCGAUGAACUUACAAGACAUGCAAGAAUUCACACUGGUGCUAAACCUUUUAAGUGUGCUGAAUGUCAAAGGGAAUUUUCGCGUUCAGAUCAUCUAACUACACACAUGAGAACACACACUGGCGAACGACCAUUCGUUUGCGAUAUAUGUGGUCGCAGUUUUGCUCGUUCUGAUGAACGUAAGCGUCAUACAAAAGUGCAUCAAAAGAGUAAUCAAAAACUUCCUAACUGUGACUUGAAAGUGAAUGUAACUAAAAGUCCAAUAACUUCGACCUCUGAUCCUAAGACAAACUGUGGCGAGAAACGUAGCGUCUCACAAGCGACAAAAUGUUACGACACAGCUAAAAAUCCUCGUAAACUGAAAAUAGAUCUGGCAGAUAGCUCUACUUUUCAGUCUAAUCCUAUAAGUGUGGAAAAAGUAAGUGUACUUAACGAUGGAAUCAGUGUUAAUCAACCUGUCCCAGAACAAAGAUUACUUCUCGCUACUUGUGAUUCUCAUCCCGGGCAGCUUACUUUACAUGCUUUCCCUAGUGCUACAGGUUUAGGUGGUUCCAGUGUCAUAUCGCCCCACUCGCAAUUAGUCUUUGCAGCUUUGCCUUCUAUGUCACUCUCCGCAGUUCCUAUUUUGAGUCAAGUUAACACUGAGAUUGCAAACACUUUCAAUCUUGCCACCGGAACAUUUGCUACACAACCUCAUGGUCACUUUUUGGCAGUGUCAUCGACACCACUGUCGAGCUGUAUUUCUAAUUCUUCAACUGAAGGUAAUAUAGUGGUAUCGCAGAACCAAUCUGUUUCUUCAGUCUCCCCAAGCUUUGCGUUAUUAUCUACCAUCCCAUCACAGCAUCAAAAUGAAAUGAGCACAGAAUGUGUGCAUGGUACUUCCAUGAACAAUGUGAUAUCAUCGACGUGCAUCACAACACCGACCAUGCCGAAUUGUUACACUAUCCGUGCUUCACUUUUUCCCCAACCAGUUCAAACAUAUCCUUCCGGAUUUCACCAUUCUCAAACUUCGCCCUAUUUCACUGCUAUAGCCUGUUCUCCGGACGGCCUGACUGCUAAUCAAGCUGGCGCAUUUUUCGCUCCUAUGAUAGCUCCCACUCAGUUACCCGCUAAUACGACUGUUUCAGGCACCGAUCUCCCUACCAGCUUCCAUCCAGCACAAGCUAAUCUUCAGCCGGAAUUUGUAGCUACAGCUGAUGGUGUUUCUCCUACCAGUUUACUUACAGGCACCCCAACAUGUAUUUUUAUUACUCCGAAUCCGUAAGAUAAUUCGCUUCGUUUUUAUGCUUCAUUAGCUUCGAUUUCUUUACUGUCUUGUAACUGUUCUACACUCAUCAAUAAUAUCUAUUCUCUUGCUGUUUAUGUAUUCUGUUGUUUACUAAAUCUGUGAUUUCGGUUCACAACUUUGAGUGUCUAUGUAGGGCUGUGUCACAUUUAUUUCGUUAUAUUUUCUGCAUGCUGAUUUUGCAGAAACAAGUGAAUACCGUUUUUCCUUAACUUGACUUUUGAUGUGUAAACAAUUGUAAAUGAUGCUCAGAUGAAUUUUCUAUUGGUAAACAUAUACUCUAACGUAUUGAUUCUAUGAAGUCAAGUACCCAAUGUUUUUAUCUACCUGUCAGGUUUUUUGGUUCACAACGAAGUUUUCUGUACAAUUAGUUUUGUUUGUGUUUAUGCAUGCUUAUCUAAAACUAUUUCAUAUUUUAACUUGUAAAUGUUUCUUUUUUUGAACGACCUCACUUUUAUUGUUCACGAAUUGUGUUUCUAUAUAGCAAUAAGUUAUUUUUCAUUCUUAAUUCCACAGAUAUUAUUUAAACUAGUAUUUAACGUGAGCAAGACUUAGUUUAUUAUCUCCUAUAGAAGCGCCCCUUGUAUUUCUUGAUAUAUGUACACCUACUUAACGUUUUACACCCUAUUGUCCUGUCAAUGUUUUUUUUAUUGUUACCAUUAUUCAUUUUGAGAAUACAAAUGCUUUUUAAUUUCAGUAUAUAAUAUCAAGCACUUCAACACAAGUUUUUCUUUUAAUCAUUUUACAGUAUUAUCUUAUAAUUCGGUAAUGCAUUGAGUUUUGUGCGUACAUACAUAACUGAUAUCAUGUAUACCCUUUCUUACCUUUUAAAAACAUAAAUCUUCAGAUUAUUUAGGACUUACUGGAUACGUUGUAAAAAAGAGCUUUAGUAUCGAUCAGUUUACAUAGUUGAUUGUUUCUCUGGAAAUUAAAGUACUUACGAAAUGAAAAUUCGAUUCAAAUUAUUGGAUUCUGUUGUCAUUUGUCUUAAAUCUCGUUUAUGGUACACAUCACGUAAAACCUAUUGUCUAGUGAUAUGAACCAGUGUUUACCGAGAUACAAGUACUGAAUUAAUUAAUAUUUGAAUCCGCUCAUAAUCUAAAAUGGUUUUACUAAUGGUGGCUUUUUCAAUGACAGACUUUAAAUUUCACACUCUGUGCUACUAUUCAUCGUAAUCAACCAGCAUUUCCUUUUCUAAAGUGUCAAUUAUAAUUUUAUUUGAAUCCCGUCCAAGUUAGUCUAUAUUUUAAAAAUAAAACUACGUCUAAGCUUUUUUUUGUGAAGUUAAAUUUCGUUUGAUACAUAAUCAUAACAUUUUAUUUUUAUAUCAAUAUGUAACAGAUAAGACUUUUACCAUAAUACUCUGUAGUUAAUUAAAUAAAUAGAAAAUUAGGAUUCUUCAUUGAUGUAUGGUGGAUAUGGAGAAAUCAUAUUUCGUUCAACGGCAAUAGACAAGGCUGUUCGAAAUAAUUGUUCUGGUCUUGAGAAUAAAUUAUGAGAGUAAAACAUGACUAGGAAUUUUUGACAGCCUCUGACUGUACCGCUUGUAUGAUAAAUGUCGAUUACCGAUUUCCUUUUUUGUCCAUCUGUUAAAUAAAUUAAAACGUAUUUCAAUGUUUUAUUUAUUUAUAUAUAAACUAGUUUAAAUAAG